CCCAAUUACGCCCUCCCGUCCGACAACGGCGGGUGGUGCAACCCCCCUCGCCCCCACUUCGACCUCGCCAUGCCUAUGUUCCUCAAAAUUGCUGAGUACCGCGCCGGAAUCGUACCCGUAUCCUUUCGAAGAGUGCCCUGCCGUAAGUCGGGAGGGAUCCGGUUCACGAUCAACGGAUUCAGUUACUUCAACCUGGUGCUGAUCACGAACGUGGCGGGGGCGGGCGACAUAGUGCGGGCGAGCGUGAAGGGCUCGCGCACCGGGUGGAUGCCGAUGUCGCGCAACUGGGGCCAGAAUUGGCAGUCCAAUGCCGUCCUCGUCGGACAAUCCCUCUCCUUCCGCAUCACCGGCAGUGACCGCCGCACUUCUACUUCCUGGAACGUCGUGCCUGCGAAUUGGCAGUUCGGCCAGACCUUCUCUGGCAAGAACUUCAGGGUCUGAUCUAACAAGAACUACUUUUAUGGUGAAAGCGGGAGCCGUAAUUGAACUAUAGCACAUUUUGAAAUAAAUAUUUAAAUUUUAAAAAAUUUUAAUCGUACUAUCUAACGUUACAGUAACUUUGAAAUGAUAACAUCAACUGAAAGGGUUUUACUUUAACUACCGAUUGAUACCGUGUUGUUUGCGAACAUUUUUAACGUAAUCUUUCGUCGAAAGAGUUACAGAUACUGUGAGGUUAGACUAUGAAGUUUAAAUCUUUCGAACUUAAAUACUUAUUUUAAAAUGUGCUAUAGCUCAGGAAUGGUCAAUUCGCUUUUACCUUUUUCGAAACCACGAUUUCCAAAUGGGAGUAGUUGGGGGUUGGGUUUUUUUUUUUUUUUUUUUUUUUUUUCCAUUCAACUCCUUUCCCCCUCCGUUCUCACUAUUGCUUUUUCGUUCUAUUUAAUUACUCGUAAAGCUGUUACUAGUGGAUUUUAAGUGAGGAAGGGAAAAGAGUGAUGGAGAAGUGAGUUUGGGCAUUGUUAGCCCAAUGUUUUAGUAGGGUAUGUGGUGUUUUUUCUUCUAUGGGAGGUGUAUGGGUCUCGACUAAGAUGGGGGAGUUUGUGGAGAAGCGAUGCUGCAGCUGAAGCGGCUGCAGAUACCAGAAUGGAAGAUCAUGUAGCCCGCAGCUGCUUAGAUAUAUAUAUUUAAGGAUAUUUAAUAUAUGAACUAUGAAAUGUUGAUUGUGAUUACAUUUUCUUAUAUUUAAUGGUUAUGUUAUUAAUAAAAAAAUUAUAUAUAUUGUCUGAAAA